AUGUCAAAUUAAGCUAGAACUUGGGUUGAUUAAGUUGAAGAUUCUGUGUCAGGAGUGGCCAAUUCCAUUAAGGAAAAUGUUAAAUAACCAAUUUGUAAUGCGAUAAACCAAAUUCCUUUUGAUGAUUGGAAAAAUAAUUUUUAUCAGCCAUUACGCAACAAAUAUGACUAAUGGCCGGAAAGAUUUACUUAAUUCAAAUAAAAUAAUAUAUUAAAUUUAGGAAAUGAAAAUCAAAGGCUAAUUUUUCUUGGGUUAAGUACCUUAGCUAUUGUAUCCAUUACAAAAGGAUUUUCAUCUGGAUUAAUGCCCAUUGUGAGAAAUUCUGUUGUGACUUAUUUUGGUUUGGGAUUAGUAGUAGCCCCAGAAAUCUAUAAUCCAUUAUUGGUCAAGAAAAAUCAAAAUAAAUGAAAUAUACAAUAAAUAUAUAAAUAAAAUUAUGUUAUCACCACCGUA